AUGAAGGCCAGUCUGGCGGAGGAAGGAGAUGAUCAAGGAGUCGGCCUCGUUUCAACUGGGUUUUAUGACCAGGAGAUCUAUGGAGGAAGCGACAGUCGUUUUGCUGGCUAUGUCACUUCCAUCGCUGCCAACGAACAGGAAGACGACGAUGAAGAGGAUACAGCGACGAGUUUAUUGGGGCAGAAAAAGCAAGGGUACCAUGCACCAGUGGCCAUUCUCAAUGCCAUUCCACAGUCAGAUGAACAAUAUGAUCCAUUUGCGGAGCAUCGCCCACAGAAGAUUGCGGAGCGGGAGGACGAGUACAAAACUCGGCGUAUGCAGAUGAUCAUCUCGCCGGAGCGUCUCGACCCCUUUGCAGAUGUAAACUCAUUUAAUAUAUAUAUAUAUAUAUAUUAG